AAAUCACAGGCUGCUUUUACAAAAUUCAAGGUAUUGGACUGUUAUAGAUCAUUCUCGACCAUACUAUUGCCGUUUAUAUUCAGUCUGGAAAUUUAAAAUAAGACACAUUCCACAAAUACGGAUGACUUUUUUCAUUUAACGGCGUACAGCCCCUGUUGUUUAAAUAAGUUAAUGUUUGAAUAACAUAUCAAACAUAAAAUUAACCUCGUAUAACAACAAGUAGUUUGGCUACAAAAAUGUAUUGAUCCCCCCCUUAAAUGUGGAUUUUGGACUGCUCCAACUCAGGGGUGACGCAUAGAAAUAAAAUUGUAAAAUAAAAUAAAUGUUUAAAAAGUCAAUUAAAUUGAAUUUAAAUAUAUAAAGAAAUUUAAUUAAACCAAAGGUACUGUAAUAAAUAAACGAACAAAUAAACAUCUUUCAGAUAUGAGACUUUUAAGUUUAUCCAUAAUAAUCCUAAAAACAACGACAAAAAAAACUAUGGUGCCCUGUUCAGUUAAUUUAGGCAAUCUUAUUGCCCAUUUUGGUGCUUUUUAAUUAAUAAUUUUAUAUUUUUUGUCCAAUGUUUAUUGCUAUGAGUUGCAGAAAGAUUAUAUUAGACAUAACACGCAUAAAAAUAGAAAAUAUAAUUAUGUUUGACCACCUUGAGUAAACUUUCGAUACAAAAGUUAAGCGCCUCCUUUCAUUUUUUUUUUUUUUUUUUUGAGCGAAAAAAGACAGGGGGCGUCAAAUACCUCACAUCACAAAGAUGAUUUAAUCAGCUGUCUCUGACAAAUGAUUUAGCUAAUAUUUAAAUACGCAGUUUCACCGUCUGUUUUGUUUGUAUCACACAGCCACCUUAAAGCCCACUCAAAUGUUAAACUUAAGUUUAAACCCUUACUCGUGCGCGUUCGUAACGUUACGGAGAGCUUGUUUACUAAAAAACUACGCUCGCGACCCGCUCGUGCCAAACUGAACACUUUUACGCAAUCCCUCCCCCCGCUCCAGAACAAUGGUUUGAUCCAGACUGUUGCAACGCUUCGGGAGAGCGCAGAUACAUAUUGAAUACAUUACAGCGGAGCUGCUCCAUCCACGGCGAUCGAAGGUUUCGCUUCAACGCAGACCGACGCGUGUUCUCCCUAACAAGUUGGAGCACAACAUCGCUAUUUGGAGAUGCAUGCUGCGACAAAACAGUCUCUUGGUUUCGCUCUCCACACUCGUCCGUGCGUACCAACGUAGGUGGAAACGGGGGCUGCGGACAGCCGCGGAGCACCUUUCCGUGGACUAAUCUGAAAGUUAAUUGGACCGUGGGCCUGGCGACGACGCUCGCGUGUUUCGCAGACUCGACUCCCACGCCGUUUCGCGUCGCGCGGGGAAGCGAGGGGACGGAUUUUGCGACACGCCGUCGACAAUGAACGUGGAACUACCUCCAGUCGCAACAUGGCUGCUGCUUAGAUGUCUAUUGGAAAAGUUCAGCCCUGAACAUUGAGAAAGUUUCUGAAAUAAUCCGCGUCGCGGGAGAGGAACUUUUCUGGCGUAAUUCGGCUCUGGACCGGACCGGACCGGACGGGACCGCGCGGGGAAUCGGAGCGAGUGCGGCUCGCCGUCAUUCAGCCUGGUUCCUGCAUGACAGCAGACCGACACCGAGGGCUUUCCGUGAACACUCUCGCUUUUUAACUCGGUCAGAGACGUCUGAUUCUACCGCGGAAGAUGCACUUCUCCAUCCCCGAGACGGAGGUCCGCUCCGACGAAAACGGCUCGACUUAUGUGGCUUACAAUAUCCAUGUGAACGGUGUUCUGCAUUGUCGAGUACGUUACAGCCAACUCCUGGGCCUCCACGAACAGAUAAAAAAAGAAUAUGGAAAUAAUGUGGUGCCGGCUUUCCCACCAAAGAAGAUCUUCACCCUUACGCCGGCUGAAGUUGAUCAGAGGAGAGAACAGCUAGAGAAAUACAUGCAAGCUGUUCGUCAGGACCCCAUUCUGGGAUCCAGUGAGAUGUUCAACAGCUUUUUGAGGAAAGCUCAACAGGAGACCCAGCAGAUUCCCACUGAGGAGGUGCAGCUAGAAAUAUACCUGUCCAAUGGCCAGAAGGUUAAAGUCAACAUCCUCACAUCGGACCAGACUGAGGAUGUUCUGGAGGCUGUGGCUUCAAAGCUCGACCUUCCUGAUGAGUUGGUGGGAUAUUUUAGCCUCUUCCUGGUUCAGGAGAGGGGGGAUGGGGGCUGCACGUACGUGAGAAAACUGCAGGAAUUUGAGCUGCCCUACGUGUCCAUCACCAGCCUGCAUAGCCCUGACUACCGUAUCGUCCUCCGUAAAAGCUACUGGGACACAGCGUACGACUGCGAUGUCAUGGAUGACCGCGUGGGACUUAACUUGUUAUAUGCUCAGACGGUGUCUGACAUAGAGCGGGGAUGGAUCCUCGUGAACAAAGAGCAGCACAGACAGCUGAAAUCCCUGCAGGAAAAAGGCUCAAAGAAGGAGUUCAUCAGAUUGGCUCAGACUCUCAAGUACUACGGCUAUAUCAAGUUUGAUCCCUGCAUCACGGACUUUCCUGAGAAGGGCUGUCAUGUUAUAGUCGGUGCCGGCAACAACGAACUCAACUUUCACGUCAAAUUGCCCAGUGAUCAGAUGAAAGAGGGCAGCUUCAAAGUCACGCGCAUGAGAUGCUGGAGGGUCACCUCAUCUGUGCCUGUGGCGAAUGGUACCGCGAACCCAAGCAGUUCCAGUAAAUGUGACGUGAAACUAGAGCUGGCCUUCGAGUACUUGAUGAGCAAAGACCGUCUGCAGUGGGUCACCAUUACCAGUCCACAGGCUAUCAUGAUGAGUAUCUGUCUGCAGUCUAUGGUAGAUGAGCUGAUGGUGAAGAAAUCUGGCGGAAGCAUUAAAAAGCAGAUGCAGAAGAAGCGAGUGAACGGCUCGUUCCAGCGCUCUGACAGUCAGCAAGCUGUGAAGUCUCCUCCAUUACUGGACUCCCCUGAUCCCAGCCGUGAACAAGUAGUCAAACUCUCUACCAAGCUGUCUUCUGUCUCCCUGAGAGGACUUAGUUCUUCCAACUCAGCCAGUGACAUCAGUGGCAAUGAUUUCCAUGGAAACUACGCCUUUGAAGGAAUAGGGGACGAUGACCUGUGAUGGAGUCAUCCUCAAAGACUGGACUAAAGGAGACGGAUUCAUUUAGCGCUUUCUCUGUGAUGAGUGUAGUUUAUUAGAUGCCCAGUUCUGCAGUAUUGUAAUCCACUUUUGAAAAAAAAAAAAAAAAUCAAGGGUCUCAAAAAUAGCCAAUGAAGUACUUUUAUGAGAGGCCUCAGAUUCCGUGCUCGCUCAGUAAAAAGUAACAGAAAUGGGAUAAUUUCAAAUAUGAGGCAUAAUUAGAGACAACGUUAACUUUUAAGUUAAUACAGGGUUACAUAGGCACCUCAGGGCAUGUCGCUACAUUCAAGAGAGGCUGUGAUGAAAGUUUCAGGCUUUAUUGAAUCGUACUUCCUUACUAGAGACACAAAACUGUGCUUUUCCUCUCAUAUCAUCAUCUGGCAGACACAAAAUUCAACUGCUCUUGACAGUAGUUGCCUACUAGGGUAAAAUCCAUACCAGCAAACUGUUGAUAUGUUCCUUUUAAAAUCAGUUGAGAAUAUUAUUUAAUAGAGACGUGCUUCGUAUCGUUCAGUGUGCCAAUGUUGUUCAAACUAUUGCGUGGUAGCAUCAAUACGACCCAUGGCGUGGUAGAUCUCUGCAGCUUUCUGGGGUUUUUUGUUGUUGUUUUUUUUUCUGGACGCCUACUGCAUAUUCGUAUUGCAUAUCCUGGUUGAAAACACACAUCUUUAUUGUGGCCUGCUUUCUCUCUGCCUUAUGCUGAUUCAGACGCCUUACAGUUUAACUUCUCAAAUUUCAAAUUAAAUGUAGCGCCAGGCACGUUUGCUAAAAAUCUUCUCUUUCUGGCCUAAGCUGUGUCCUGAAAUCUCGCUUUGUUUUGGUGUGUUCGGCGGGCCCGCUUGCACUAGCUGAACUUAUGUCUUUUUUUUUUUUUUUUUUUUUUUUUUUUUUUUUUUUUUGCACAGUGUUAAGAUAGAUGGCUUGGGUAUUUAUUGAGAUAGUAAAACGGUGGGAAAACAUCCUGGAACAUUCGCAAGAGGUUUGUAGGUCUGUGUGUUUUUUUUUUUUUUUUUUUUUGGUUUGUUUUUUUUUUUCCUUGAACCAAUAUUUUAAAAUAGGUUAUUCAUAAAUGCCAAAAUUAUACUUCACUAAAGCAUUUUGCACAAAAAUCAUGGUAAUGUCACUUUUAUAAAUGUACAUGCAAUUUAAAAAAAAAAAAUUCAGAAUAUUUACUAAUAUCUGUAUUAUCUUAGUAUGUUACAAACAAGUACAGUUGAUCAAAUAUAAUCCAGGCUGUGUAAAAAAAAAAUAUAGAAACUAACAUUUAUCAGUGUUUACAAAAUUGUAGAAAAUUGUUGAAAGAGUGUUUACAAAUUUCACAUCUAAGCUUCAGUGAUUGUCUUAGUACACUUUAUGUAUUUCAUUUUGAAGAAUAUCAUUCCAGUUUUUGUUUUUAUUAUAUACAUAUAAUCCAUUCUGUAUUUUACUAAAUACAUUGUGGCAAUCAUCUCAGAGGACUGUGAUCACAUGGUGCUUGGGAAAUGGCUGUAUUUUACAUUUAUGCUGGUUUUUUGACUGCAGUCAUAGUCCUAUUGAAUGAAAUUCCCAUAUUCUUCAUCCCAGAUAGAGAUAUAUAUAUAUAUAUAUAUAUCUCCUCCCAUGUGCAGAAUGCGUAAAAUGCUCAUGUCUGCUGUGUGGCUGAUUAUUUUUGAGCUGAUGACUGUAAUUUGUGAUUGCCAUGUUCAGAGUGUUCACCAGCAUCAUCAGCAGCAGCAUCUAGGAUGAAAAGGAUAAACAUCUAUACUCCUAAACCGUGUACAUCGCUCAUAAGUCAGUAUGAUUUAUUUUUCAAAUUCUCACUUCAUUUUAAAUUCAAGAAUGGAGAAGUUAGAGCCUUCUGGGUUUCAAUAAAUUUAGGUGCCAAAUGAC